AUGUCUUACGAUCGAGUCCUCCCCAGACCUGUUCCGGGUGAUGCUUCUCAGGUCUCUCUUCCACGGCGGUCCAAUGACCUCCUGGACUACAAGAUCAUGAAUGACGGAGGGGCUACCAAACUUUCACCAGUUAACUGGCCUAUUGAAGGCGAGCUCUCCAUGUACACUGCCCAGAGACCAGCAACUGGGCCAGCACAGGUGCCUUUCGAGUCUGAUAUGACCAGCCUCAUCAAACGCACGAUCGAUUUCGACCAUGCCGUUGCGUCUCCCAAGUUUAUGGUACCUGCACUCGCCAAAAAUCUGCCCGUGCGAACGCGAUCCUCUCUAAUAAGGAAAUCCUCGUCUUCCAAACCCGUGAAAUUGGCAGCGCCAAAGGAGUCAGUUGUGCAGUCCUGCCUCUGUCAGACGGGCCGCAACAUUCCCAGGCCAAAGAACGGUAAGACUCUACCCAUUAUCAAGCACGGACGACGAGCUGAUGGGAAGCAAGCAGCUUUUUUUCUAUAUCGGCAACACUACCAAGCCACAGCGGUGGCUCAGAAUCCGGGUCUUGGGAAUGCCCAUAUUUCUAGGAUUAUCGGGGCGCAAUGGAGGAUGCUCCCUGAAGAAAUGAAGAAUAUAUGGCAUGCUAAUGCCAAUAAAAAGCUCGCCAUCAGCAGCGUUACCCAGACUACCAGUACCGGCCCAUUCGGUAUGGCCGCCAGGGCAAUUGUCGUGCGAACAGAUUCGGCCCCAGCAAAAACUCUCCGCCCGCUACGGUCUGCAACCGUUGUCGUGGAAGAGCGAUGA